AUGGCCCAGCUGCCUUCAGCAUCAGAAGUGGCUUUCUCCAUGCUCCAGCUGGAAGUCCUCUCUUCACAGGACACUUACAUUUCCCCCAGCCAGAAGCACCCAAGUACCACUCCUCUGUCCAUCCCUGGCCAGGCUGCAGGGUUCUGCUACUUCAUGCUUACACCUUUGAGGAAACAGUCUACCAGGAAAGAUUCCUGGCUGAUAGAAGACAUGUCAGUUGGUGUUGUCUGCCAAAAGGGUUAUUUUCCAUGCAGAAAUCAUACGAUAUGCCUCCCACAGACAUUUCAUUGUGAUAGCAUAAAUGACUAUGAGAAUGGUGUGGAUGAAGAGAACUGUGCUGAAUACUGUAACAUCUUGAAUGAGGGAAUUACACCAUGCUGGUCAGCAAAGAAAACCGACAGCGUGUCUAAAGGCAUGCCUCAGGCAGACUCCAAUGGAGAUAAUAGUGGAUGGGCAAGUAUCUUUGAUAUGGUUCAUGGAAAGCCUAAUUAUCUGCCUUUAUCAGAAGAAUCCUAUCUCCACCAAUACCCAGAAGUUUGCAGCUGCAUCGAAACAGAACUAGAAUGUGCUGCUGUUAAUUUAAAAUCUGUUCCACUUGUUUCAAGUAACAUAACCCUCCUCUACCAUGGAAACCAACUGCAAAAUUAUGCAAGUAGCUGUACACAUGGCAAGCUCUCCUGUGUACUUACCGGUACUGGAUUUCUACAACACGAUUGCAUUCAGACAAUAUGAAGGAAAGCAUUCUGUGGACUUUGCAAACUUCAGAAAUUGUAUCUCAGUCAUAAAUGUAUCACUAGUUUGAAGUGUGGAGUACUCAGAGAUCUACACAAAUUGGCUUGGCUAAUUCUAGAUUAUAAGCCAAUGGUGAAAAUUUCACAGCAGUUAUUUACUGGGCUAAAGUCUUUGGGGUUUUGAUCAAUGAUAAACAAUUCACUUGAGACUCUUCCCAAGAAGAUCUGUACUCAAAUGCUUCUUAUUAACCGUAUAGAUUUUGAAGGCAGUCAUAUUAAGGCCUUAACUAACACCAUCUUCCUGGAAUGCGAUGCGCUCACAGUAUUGGAUCUGUCCAGUAACAUGAUUACAGAAUUACCACGUUAUCUUUUUAAAGAUAUGACGUAUUUACAAAAGCUGAACCUGUCUUUCAAUCCACUUUCUCACCUCUCUGAGGAUCACAUGGAAAGUCUUCAGCAGCUUCAGUCAUUUCAUUCCACAGGCAUUCCACAAUCUGUUAAGGCACGCAAAAUCCUUCUGCCAAGGACAGUAAAAGAUCUGCUUUUGAAGCAGCUUAGCGUGAAGAACAUCCACCUGCACACUGACAACAAACUAAGAGUAGCAAAGCAAAGUCCUUACAAGCAGCCUUACAUGUUCAUUGCUUUACUUUCAGCUACUUCAAAAAGCUUCACUUAUUGCUUCCAUGCACUCCACCUGCAAAUAUGCACAUCAUUAACAGUUGGGAUUUCAUCAUUUGAAGAUCUCUUAGCUUACAAAGUUCUGAGAGUAUUUGUAUGGGUCAUAGCUUGUGUUGCAUGUUUUGGAAAUCUUGUCAUCAGAAUGAGAUCAUUUAUCAAAGCAGAAAAUGAGACACGCACCAUGUCUAUCAAAAUUUUCGCAGUGCGAUUAAAAUCCAAGUUGCACAGCUUGCUCUGCACAUGUUCUUCCAUCAAGAAUGAAACACGAGAAGUGGUCGAGAGAAAGGGAAGAGAAGAAAGACCAUUUCAAUGCUAUUUGUUUGAAUCUUGUUUCUCCCACAUCAUUGUGUUCUCGUAGGUCAGCAUGUUUUGGUCCGUUCAGAAAACUGCCCUUCGGACAUCAGAGGUAGGGAGUCACACAUGCAGGGAUGUUGCUGUUGCCAAUCGUUUUUUAAUAGUAUUCACUGAUGCCAUCUGCUGGAUUCCUGUUGUCAUUGAAAUCCUGUCCUUAUUCCAGGUGGAAAUUCCAGACACUGUCCCUUCUUGCAUAGUGGUAUUUGUUCUGCCAAUACACAGUGCCUUGAACUCCACUCUCUAUACACUCACAACUAGUUUCUUUAAGGAGAAGUUGAAGCAGUCACUGGACAGUCAUUGAAGGAGGGCAAUUUUCAGAAAUGAUGAAGAAACUUUGGCCCCUUCAGUCGUGCAGACAGACCAUCCCCUCACCCAUAGCUCUUCGUUUAUGCUUGGAUUUUCAAAAAAUAACUCCUGA